CUAGAGGGAAGGAGAAAGAUAUGGGCACGGAGCAGCCGGGUCGGACGACUCCGGCAGCACAAAUCGGGGCUUUGCAACUGUGCGACUGACUGCGCGCUGGAUAGACACGGAGAAAAAUGGCAGCCAUGAGAAAAUGCUGCACACACGAUCACACAGACAGAGAGACAUGCAAUAGCACGUCGGGGACAUUAAACAGUUCGCCUGACCAGAAGAUGGCGACCAGGAACAAGGUCAGUACUCUGCGGCGCACAACGCCUUUCUCGUGCCUGGAGGAUAGCAUGGGCAGGUUGUUCCAUCUCAUCAUGACACACAU